GGGGAGCGCUUUAACCCGGUCACAACGUAGGGAAGUUGCUCACGGUUUUUCCGCGUUGCCAUGGGGUUUUGUAAAACCUAUUGACUGCGAUAGGGUCCCUUCUUUUCUUUGAGUCUGUCUUUGUGGAGGAGGAGGAAGAAACCGCUAUUACUUUUUCUUUCCAGAGGCGGGUCGGGGGGGAGCGAUAGUAGCAUCCAGGGGAGGAGGGAGGUGCUCCGGCUCAGACCAACUGCGAGGCACCGCGGCGUUACGUUAACAGUUAAACCUGCCUCUGCUCUCCUCUUCCAGCGGUGGGGACAAAUUCAACUUUCUCAGCGGCUGUCACGACAUGAGUUGCACCUGAAGAUGGAUUCUCACUUCUCUGUGGCUUUCUGCUGACCCUUCCGGUUUCCUGUGGCAUGUUUCACAAGCCAGAGGCUGUGUGUCAUCUUCCCAGUAAGGACGUCAGGGUGGUCUCCUGUUGUAUGAUUCAACUUCAGCACCACAACUCCUUGAGAUACGGUACCGCAUCUUUGGUGCACCAGAGAAAUGAACUGAGGACUGAGUAGGAGAGAGCACUCGUUUCCUGAGGACGUCCAACAUUUAAGGAGAAACCAUGAGGUUGCAGAGGAGCCCGGGACUGGUCACCGUGCUGGGCUUGAUCGCCUGUGUUUGUGCCUUUCAUACGACUGCAGCCAUCAACAUCCCUCUGGAGAUUUUAGGUCAUGUAAACAUUGAGCAGCUGCCCGACAUCACAGCUCAGUCACCCAGCUCUCUCAUCGCUUUCCCUUUUGAUGAGAGUUUCCCCAUGACGUGUGAAGCCAAAGGGAAUCCCGAGCCAGAAUUCAGAUGGACGAAGAAUGGCCAGGAAUUCGACCCCUCUCUGGACCCCCGUCUGAUGAAAGAGGAGAAUUCUGGGACUUUUGUGAUACCUAAUAAUGGGAACCUCACAGAGUACCAGGGAACCUAUCGCUGUUACGCCUCAAACAAACUUGGGACCGCCAUAUCGAAGGAGAUUGAGUUCAUUGUGCCCCAUGUUCCGAAGUUUCCUAAAGAAACACUCGAUCCUGUUGUGGUGGAGGAAGGCCAACCCUUUGUUUUAGAAUGUAAUCCACCUAAAGGAAUACCUCCACUGCAGAUCUACUGGAUGACUAUCAAUCUUCAGCACAUAGAACAGGACGAGAGGGUGUCUAUGGGCCUGAACGGAGACCUGUACUUCUCUCACGCGGUGGAGAAGGACAGCAGGAGAGACUAUUGCUGCUUCGCCGCCUUCCCGCGAAUACGAACCAUUGUUCAGAAGACCGCCAUGUCUGUUGUUGUGAAGACAAAAAAAAGUGACACGAAUCCUGACACUGCCAAUGCAAUCCUUGAGAGAAGACCUUCUCUUCUGACGCCCUCUGGUGGCGCAUCAGCGACACAGCUGGUCAAAGGGGAGGACUUGAAAUUGGAAUGUAUUGCUGAGGGAUUUCCAACUCCACAGGUUGAGUGGGUGAAGAUCGGUCAUCAACUCCCAGUUAAAGCAAAACUGGAGAAUCAUGGGAAAUUGCUGAUUGUUCCCAAAGUUGAACUGGAGGACAGCGGGAAGUACAUGUGCAAGGCAAAGAACGUACUUGGGCAAGUUGUCCAUUACUUCACCGUGACAGUAGAAGAGCCUCCAGAGUGGGUGGUUGAGCCUGAGAGUCAGCUCAGUAUGAUUGGCUCGGACGUGCUCAUCAAGUGCUCUGCCACUGGGACUCCUCGGCCGACUAUAACGUGGAGGGUGAACGGUGAACCUCUGCAGGGUGCUCCUGCAGCCAACAGGAAGGUGUUCGAUGACACAAUUGUUUUACGUAACGCCAAAGAAUCUGACAGUGCAGUCUAUCAGUGUGAGGCCUCCAACAAACAUGGAACCCUUCUGUCAAACGCAAACAUCAUGAUUAUGAAUCUGCCCCCAAUGAUUCUGACCAAGGAUGGGGAGGAUUACUCUGCUGUGGAGGGGAAGGGAGUGAUGAUGCACUGCAAUGUCUUCAGCUCUCCUCCUUCUACAAUCACUUGGAGCAAAGACGACUCCUCUGAAUCCGUGGAGGGACCGAGGUUUGCAGUUCACGACAAUGGUUCGCUGGAGAUCUACAGCCUGGAGAAGGAUGACACGGGACAGUACACGUGUUUAGUUAAAAACACAGAGGGAACGUCCGCCAUUGAUGCCAUGCUCUAUGUGAAAGAUCCCACUAGAAUAGUCGUGGCCCAGGAGGACCUGCAGAUCUUAAUAGGUACCACGGCCCAGCUCUCAUGCCUCGCAGAGUACGACAAGUCCUUCAGCAACGACUUUGAGCUCCUGUGGGAAAAAGAUGAUAUGGAGAUAUCCCUCAACUACACUGAGAAUUCAAGAUACUUUGUGGAGGAUGGUAUCCUACAGAUUAUCAAUGUAAGCCACAGUGACCAGGGUGUGUACACGUGUGUGGCAAGAACUCCAGUCGACCAAGACUCGGCUUCCGCUCUGCUCAUGGUGUUAGAUGUCCCUGAUGCUCCUGAGUACUUGGUACUGUCUGAACACAAGAGCAAAAGUGUGAAACUGAAAUGGAUCCCCGGGGACAACCACAACAGCUCCACCACAGAGUUUAUUAUUGAGUACGAGGAAAGCCAGUGGGAGCCAGGAAACUGGAAGGAGCUGCUACGAGUACCCGGGAACCACAACUCUGCUGUGCUCAAACUCCACGGCCACGUCGACUACAGCUUCCGAGUGUCUGGUGUUAACGCCGUAGGAAGGGGUCCUCCCAGCGAGCCCACAGAGAGAUACAAAACCCAGCCAUCAGCUCCUGACAAGAACCCUGAAAAUAUCAAAAUCGAAGGUCAUUUACCACAUGAAAUGAAUAUCAACUGGGAGCCCUUGUUACCCAUUGAGCACAAUGGCCCUGGUUUGGAGUAUAAGGUGAGUUACAGGAGGCAGGAUGUGGAGGAGGAAUGGAAGGAGUACAUGGUGAAGAGACACUCGUUUGUGCUGAAGAACACUCCCACAUUUGUGCCCUACGAGAUCAAGAUCCAAGCCAGGAACCAUCAGGGCUGGGGCCCAGAGCCCAAGAUAGUGAGCGGCUACUCAGGAGAGGACUUUCCCUCUGCUGCACCUGAGGAUGUAGCUGUGGAGGUGAUGAACAGCUCAGUGGUCAAGGUUAGCUGGACGCGUGUACACAAGGACAAGUUACAUGGACAUCUGGGAGGCUACAGGGUAAGCUGGUGGCGUCUGCGCAGUCUGGUGGACGCAAAGAAAAGCCACGGAGACAAACAUACCCUAACAUUUCCCGGGGACCGCAACCACGCCACAGUACCAGGACUGACGCCGUUCUCUGAGUACAGCCUCAUCGUCAUGACCUUCAAUGGGCAGGGCAACGGCCCCGGCAGCCAUCCCCUCAACUUCAAAACCCCAGAGGGAGUCCCUGAGAAAAAUCCUGUUUUCAGGGUCAAAGAUGUACAGAGGCACACUGUCUCUCUGGUCUGGGCCCCGCCACUGGAGCCUAAUGGGAUUCUCACCGGGUACCUCCUGGAGUAUCAGCUCAUCAACGACACUGAGGAAGUGGGGCCCCUGCAGACAGUAGACAUCAGCAACCCAGACACCACCAAAUGGAUCCUGCGUGACUUGGAGCCUUUGAGCAAAUACAAGUUCUACCUGCGCUCCUGCACCACGGUGGGCUGCGGGCCCAUCGUCAGCGAGGAGUGCACCACUACCCUAGAAACAACUUCCACUUUGGCUCCCACUGUUGGCCUCAGCAAGUCAGCUUCCCCCUCACCUCCAAGCACUCCAAAGUCCCCAGUGACCAAACCCACUCGUUCCACCAUAGGUCUGGCCAGCGUCCACGGAGGAAUAUCCACCCAGGGCUGGUUUAUCGGCCUGAUGUGUGCCAUCGCUCUCCUCACACUCACUGUGUUGAUCGCCUGCUUUGUCAACAGAAAUAAAGGAGGGAAGUACUCCGUAAAAGAAAAAGAGGACCUCCACCCAGACGUGGAAUCCCAGGGCAUGAAUGACGACACAUUUUGUGAAUACAGUGACAACGACGAGAAGCCGCUGAAGGGCAGCCAACACUCGCUGAGCAGAGAGAUCAAAGCAGGGGACAGCGGGGACAGCCUGGUGGACUACGGCGACGAGGACGCUCAGUUCAACGAGGACGGCUCCUUUAUCGGCGAGUAUGCGGGGCGAAAGGAGAAAAGGGCGUCUGCUGAGAUCAAAGCCACUAUUCAGACCCCGGCAUGAGGAGCGGAACAGCCAUCCAUCCUCUCCCGGACAACGUUUUCAUUAAACCUGCUGCGAGGAACAAAUGAAAAAGGAAACAGACAUUAUCCAUACCGAGCACAAGUUUUGUGUCAAAUGUAAUGCGUCAUUGCCAACUGCACACUGCCACCCACAUUUUAUAAAGCUCUGUUUUGUCAAGUUGCAACAGGAUGACCAUUACUAAAUACUGUGUAUAUAUAGUGUAUAUUGUAUGUGCGGAGUGUCUUUUUUUAUAAUUAUUAUUACACAAAAAAUGUAGAGGGCUUGGAUUUUCUUUUUAUUAUCUCCAUUACUUCAGCUGCAGUGCUGUUUGUACAAAUGUUAGGACAUUUCACUCUCCAUUGCACAUCAUUAUAUGCAGCUUUGCCUCUGAUGUCAUCUUGUAGUAGACCACAGAUACAGUAAGUGGGGAUAUCAAGUUGAUAUUUUUCAAUUGGAGCAUAUAUUACUGACCUUUUAUAUUUGAAAUUGAUUCAUUAAAUAUGAUGUAAGAUGUGUAUAAAGGUUGCCUAUUAACUUAUUUUUUUGCCAGUGGUUUUAUACCUGACGAAGUAACAAGGACGUUUACAUAUCAGAAAUAAUGAUUCUUGAGUCACGAAGCUCCCUGUGAUCUUAGAGGAAAAUAAAAUGUAGCUAUUAUGUCUUGUUUAGUAUUUUCAUCCAUUGGACACUAUAAAUUACAGAUCUUGGUCUGUGCUUACUAUAACAGCUCCAUAAACUGCCGUACCAGAUCUGAAGGAGAUUUUCAAACAUGUUAUCCAUUAAAAUUUGCUAUAUAUCUCAUUCUUUAGAAAUUGUUGUGUAAACCAGUUCUUCACCCUGUUUUUAGAACUUUAGUAUUAAAACUACAACUACACAGUUGAAUCCAGUUUAUAGACAGCAUAUAUUACAAUGCAAGCCUUUGCCACAAGCUGGUAUUGUAAAUGUAGUUGCUGUGAAAACACAGUAGCCGAACAGUCUUCAGAGGAAUAGUUUGACAUAUUGGGAAAUAUGCAUAUUUGCUUUCUUGGUGACAGAUGAGGCAAUUUAUACCACUCUCAUGUUUGUAUGGUAAAUAUGAAGCUAUAGCUGGCAGCCAGUUAGCUUAGCUUAGCAUAAAGACAUGAAAACCUUCUUCAACCUUUGGGGCUUAAAAAAAUAAAAAAAAAUAAAAUGAAGCCAUCUUGGAGGUGCCAAAAACUGCAGUUCCUUGAAUGGCCACUUGAGGCUGGCAUGAGAAGUGAGUUAAUUCCCAUAGACAGCCAUGAUUAAAAAGCCCAGUUUAACAGCAAAAAUCAACAUGUUUACAGCCCUGUACAAAAAACGGUUUUGGACUCUAUAGCUGACUUCCUGUUCAUGACAACUGUACGUAGUGUGGAUUUUUAUAUAACUCGCCCAUUUACAUUUUAUUAAAGUUACCCACAAUUAAGAGUGUGGUUACUGUGAGUGACAGGCAUCUGCAGAUAGUGUCCUCGGGUUCUCAGUCAGAUCCAGCCCUCGCCCCUCAGUGGCUCCACCCUCUCGCCUAAAUAUGGUUUCUUCUGACUCAAAAAAUCCAAGAUGGCCACGGCCAAAAUGCAAGGCUUCAAAACGGGAGUCCACAAAUCAAUGGGUGAUGAAAUGGUAGCUACGUCCGUUAUUUUAUACAGUCUAUGCUGGAAAUGGUGGUCCCAAUGCUACGGCUAGCAGCCAGUUAGC